AUGGUUAAAACACGAACUAAUCAUAACAAUAGCCAAGUAGUAAAUAAUAUUACUGAGGAUUCUAUGGAUGAAUUCUGUGGUGAUGAUCCUGGUUCGCCAUACACUUCUGGGACAGAUAGAAAACGCCGACGUGGAGUUAUUGAGAAACGAAGACGUGACCGAAUUAAUUAUAGUCUAGCAGAGUUAAAACGUUUAGUGCCAGAUUCGAACCAUAAACCAGGUUCAGCUAAACUGGAGAAAGCUGAAAUACUUCAACUAACCGUUGAAUUUCUACAGAGACUGCAUAAAGAAGGUUAUGUACUUGGUUCAGAAGCCCGAUCUAUUGAAUUACGUCGUACAGGAUUUAAAGAUUGUUUAUUGGAAGUAACACGUUUAUUAUCCACUUAUGAUGGUAUAAAUAUUUCUAGUCAAGAAUUGACUAGACAUUUAUUAAAUCAUCUUCAUCAAUGUGAAAAACAAAGAGAUUUAGAAUCAAAAACAUAUCUAACUAAUAUUGCCGCUGUUGCAAAUGUAAUGUUAACUCAAACAAGUUCAUCUAAUAUAUCUUCAACUACAAUUGGACAAUAUCAACAAAAUCAUCAGCAACAAAGUAAUUAUCAGCAUCAACACUUUCCAAAUUAUUUCAAUGAUUCAUCUUUAAUGAAGUCAAAAUCUACAAAAAGCAAUUCAUUUAUAUGUGAGCAGUCAAAUAAACUGUCUAUUACACCUUCUUCAACAAAUAAAUCCCUUAAAUCUUUACACACAAACACAAAUCAUCAGGCCUAUCCAUGUUCAGAUUCAUCAGUAUUCUAUAAUAAUGAUAAUACUUAUACACCUUAUCAGUGUGUUGACUUUCAAAUGCUUGGCCAACAGAAUCCAUAUAGAUACACAUAUAAAGUGGGAGACCGGGAAUCUGAACAGCCAUCCAAUUACUACCUGCCAUCAGAUUUCUGCCAUUCGAAUUAUGCUUACGGGGAACAAUCGAGUAGAAAUUUAUCAUAUUCUUCUUCAUCAUUAUCUACUACUUUAUCGACUACUACAGCACCUGUAGGCGCUGAAGUAAUUCGUUGUGUGACAAAUCAUACAAAUGAUAAUUUUAUUCCUCCUUCUUUCAUCAGUACAGCAUAUCCUACUAUGCAUAAUAUUAAUGGUAGUUCCUUGUUAUCUACAGGUCUUGGCCCAAAUGAAAGUCAGUCAACUUCAUCACCACCAUUUCGUUCUACACCAGAAGAUUCAGAGAUUGGUUUUAGUCCACAUCUAAAAAAUAAUUUAUCAGGAAUUGUUGGCAGUGAUGAAGUUGAAGAUGAGUGUAACUAUUAUACAACAAUAAUAACAGCCACAGUAUCCUCAGCAACAAUGACCACUUCAGUAGCGAAAACAAUACCAACAGCUAUCUAUCAACCAUCCAACUAUCAUAAUGAUUAUGAUUAUACUUAUCAUGAAAAAAAUGAUGUUUGCAUGAAUCUAUCAACAGGGGAUUAUCAAUCAUUUAACUCACAGCUACAAUGCUACAAUCGUAAUCCAUUAUAUUCAAAUUAUCCAACUGAUACAUGGCGUCAAACUAAUAAAACAACAGAUUUAGUACAAUAUCAAGAUUAUAUAUUACAUUCACAAUUACCAUCUACUGUAUUGGAAAUAGGUGUACAUACAAAUACAUCAACUACAACAACCACGUUGUCAUCAAUGACACAAAACAUCAGUACUAUAGCUAAUAAUAUGCUAAGUAGUACUAUUAAUGAUCGAGGUGCUAGUUGA